CACAUUCCAUGCACGUGUUGAAUAAUAUAUAUUUUUUUAAUAAGUUGGAUGUCGAAAAAACAUACUUUCGAUGUUAAAAUUGGACUGCCUCGUAAAUUAUAACCCGUACUUUAAGGGCCACUUCGACCAAGCUCCGAUUAACUUAAUCGCGGCGUUGAUUAGUCAUUUGUCAAUCUGUUUCAUGAGCGAUUGGUCAUUUCCAAUGGACUAAUCAACGAUUAAAUUAAUCGGAGCUUGGUCGAAGUCUUAAAUAUCGCGAGUUCUAGUUCCGAGCAACGUGUGUUUAUUAUUUACUGCCACGGAUAUAUCCUUGAAUGUCAUAACGGCAAUAUUUUGGGAACUCUCAACUUCGAUGUUACAGAAAGCAAUUAGUAACUAGUCGAUUUCGGUAAGUUACAGACUAAGGGACGACCUCAAACACGAUAUCUGUAUAUCAGGUGAGAAACAAAGUCGUAACAGAUCGAAAUCUUUACUAUAGAGUCUCUCGAUCGCGCUUGUGAGAUGAUUUUCGCACGUCCACCGUUCGACUCUUCGCCAGAAAAAUUAUCAAUUUCAACUACUUAGCAUGAAGAUUCAGGCAGAGAGUCCCGUGAUUGUAGCAGCAAGAAAAGUUCGAUUCCAUGAUAAUUAGAUUAACGUAGUACGUUGUAAUUACACAAACGCUCAAAUUUUAGAUGAUUUAAAUAUCUAAAUCUAAAAAAAAAUAGGAAUAGAAUACCAUGAAUACGUUUAAGAGAUAAAAUUGCAAAAUGAUUUAGAAUCUUUGCCACGAAUGGAUUACAAAUGAAUUAAAAAUUUUUACUCUUCAGCAACAAGAUUAAUCGCACGCGAACCCGAACGCGAAUAUGAUGAAUAAGUAUUUGUCCAAAAAUAUAUUAAUGGCAAGAAUACCUACCACGAGUACGUUUAAGAGACAAAACUGCAAAAUAAUUUAGAAUCUCUGCCGCGAAUCUCUGUUAAUCGAAUACGAUUGUCAAAUUGUUAAUUUUCCUGUUCAACAAUAAGAUUUGGGCAGAAAUUUUUAUACUAAUAAUAUAGAAAAAAUUUGAAUCGAAAUUUUUUUCAGAGAAGUCUCAAGGGGAAACAAAUAACGAUAUAAUGCAGAAUUAAAAAGCUGGUGACAAUUUAUGUGAAAAAUCUGUAGGAUAGAAAUAGUAAUAUAGAAGAAAUUUACACAAGAGAGAAAGCAUCAAAUUUUUUCGCACAAUAUAUAGACCAGAUGUCUGAUAACAUUGAUGACGAAGUGGUGGUCGUAGAAAUCGCUACAGCGAAAAAAUACGUGAAAACCUUAAUAUCCAAACUUCCUGAUAUGAUAAAUGAUAAGCCGGAAGUAAUGAUGCGAAGAUAUAAACAUGUAUUGACCAUGAGCGAAAACACCAUUAUGGCAAAUUAUUUUGUAAAUCAUCCAAAUAUAUUGCAAGAAAUGUUGAAUGCUGUGAACAGUAAACCAGAUGUUGUUGAAAUAGUGAUUUGUAUUAUUAAUAAUGUAUGCAGCAAGGAUGAAACAAUGAUUCUCAUAAUAGGCAAUGACCUAAGUUUUGUAUCAUCUAUCCUAAGUCAUUUGGAAUCCAAACACGAGUUGCUACAAUUGAGUGUUCUGAGAUUCUUAAAAGUAGCAGUGCACACGAUCCGAAACAAUUGUGCACCAAGUUGGUUGAGGUGUGCAUCAGGGCACUUGAAGAAAAAUGAAUCUCUUGGACGCUCUAUACUCGUUAUACUUGAGUUUGAAUUUACCGAAUCUAAUGAAAAGUUAAUAGAAACAGUCAUUGACCUGGUCAAGGAAAUGGCUGAGACAAAAUUGAAUCGAUCUGCAGACGGUAAUUCGAAUCAAUCUAAUUUUCUAGAGGAAAUACAUGUAAAUGGAGUCUCUAUCAAUAUAAAUGAUAUAAUUUAUAAAAUAACGAUCCGUUGCAAGCAAAUGGUAGAAUGGAAACGUAAAAGAGAGAAACAGAUAAAUUUAGAGCUUACCUACAAUUGGCUAUCAAUAAUGACGAUUAUGAAAACAAAGAUAGCUGUGUUUUACAAUGAAUUGAAUUUACACGGCGUAAUAGUGGAAUGCUUAGUUUGUGUUUUCAAUCCAUACCGGGAAGUUUUACUUUCAGAACUAAUAACUGAUAAACGACCUAAAAUUAUUGAUUUAAUUUCCAAAUAUGCAUACCUAUUGCCAUAUUUGGAAUACAAUUUGUCACAUCGCAUAAAUAACAUUUUGAUGCGCACAAUUUCAAGUCUUAAAAUAGUUUUAGGUGUAGUAUCAAAAACACUGAAAUCAGAUUCUGACAAGUUUUUAGACGCUCUGAAAAAUGAUAACAAAUUAACAAUUCUAUUGUACGAUCCAGCUUAUAGUAUAAGUAAUCCAAAAGCAACACGGUUAUUAAAUUUACAGUUGUCAUUACCUAACUUGUUAAGAAACCUGGAGGAAGCCUGGUUGAACAUGGUUAAACAUCUGUAUAAAUCUUCUAUAAAAGAUCUCGUACUCUUAAUUGAACCGUUUUAUGACGAAAAGGAUUAUUUCUUGCAGUUGCUUGUUCAUAAACGUAUAUUAGAUGAAAAGUCGGUGAAAAAGAUUGAGAAUAAGAUAAAUAAAAUAAUAUUGUUAUUCGGAGUAAAUGAAGAGAAAUAAAAAAAAAAUAAA